CGGAUGAGGGCCGUGUUUUCUGUGUUGUUUACUGUCUUGUGGGCAUCCCUUUCACCAUGCUGCUGCUGUCCAGCCUUACUCAUGCCCUCCUGCCAUGGGUAACACACACCCCUAUUCACAACCUUCAAGUCUUCUGGGGACUGUCUCGCAACCAUGCUGCGUUGCUGCACUGCAGUGUGCUCGCCUUUUGCACAGCGACAUUGUUCUUUCUUCUGCCUGCUGGUGCCCUCUGCCUGCUGGAGAAUGACUGGAGUUACCUGGAGUCACUCUACUUUUGUUUUAUCUCACUUAGCACGACAGGACUUGUUGACUUCCUGCCUGGGAGGACGCAAAGCCGGGCAGCACGUCAGGGGCUGGAGUUUGCAACCUCCUGUUACCUGAUGCUUGGACUGAUUGUCUUGCUUGUCGUUGUGGAAAGCUUAUGGGAACUGGAGCAGGUUCAAGCCAUUCUGCGUUUUUUCACUGGACCGCGGCAGGGUGAGCUGAAGGGGGUGGGUUUGGAUGAGCUUGUGCUCAGUGGAGACAUGGCAGGUGCAGAGGAGGAGCCUCAUUACACCCUGCCUAUAUCCACCAUCUCCCCUGCUUUCUCAGACUCACCUGCCACUCCAACAACAGAGCUGCCACCGAUCUUUGGCCUGCCACCCAAGGAAAAUGUUCCCCCUUCACUAAGACCAAACCCCACUCCAGAUCUGUGCCAAUCCACUUCCACUACAUAACUGAUACAAUGGAAAUGGACAUUGUAAGAAGAAUAAAUGAUAUCCAAGAAUGAAGCUGGCAAACACUAGGUGGUAUAGUUGAUUUGAUUUAUUUAGAAUUAAUUUGGUCUACCAGCAUUGCAUGCAGUGAGUGGGAUUUGGCCACAUAAGUGUAUAAUACGAUUUAUGAAUCAUUUACAUUUAUAAUACAGAUUAUAAGAAUAUAUAUGAAUAUAUUAUUUCUUAAUAAAGAAACA